ACGAACGGCCAUUUUUACCCCCAUUGAUUGCUGUUUGUGCAUAGGUGGUGAACUGAAAAGAAAGUAUCUGCGAUUAGUUUGAUUGCAAGUUUUUAUCUGCUCAGUUUGACCUAGAUACCCAACUGGAUUUAACCAAACUGAAAUUAUGUUUGUGUAUAACGUUACCGCUCUUCACAUUUCCUGUUGACAUCCGAUUUGGGAUAGAUGUCCGUAUAAACUGUCGCCCAAAUGGAAAUGGUGCCCAGCGAAGAAAACCAGCUCGUACCCAAAGAGCAGACAGAGAGUGCAGCUGAGGAGCCUCGUGUGCUGUGCAUCGUCCAGGAUACCACCAAUGCCAAGACGGUCAAUGAGCGUCUGACCCUUAACCUGCCGGCCUCCACGACCCUCUCCAAACUUGUCGAGGACGUGGCCCACAAGGCUGGCUAUGUGAACGGCACCUUUGACCUGGCCUGGGGCAACACGGCGGACAUGGCGCCUCUGGACCAGGCCAGCGAGAUGACCUUGGUGGAGUCGGGCUUCGAGGCGGGCAAGAAGAACUUUCUCCAGCUGAUCGAUAAGGAUGGGGAGCAGCCACAGAUCGCCUCAGACGAGUCAGGCACGGCGGACAGCAGCGGGCUGGACGACAGCUCCCAGGACCGCUUCAUCGGGCCACUGCCCAGAGACGGCACCGUGGGCUGCAGCAGCGACUACAGCAGUCCCAGCUACUCCUACUCCUCCAUCCUCAACAAGUCCGAGACCGGGUAUGUGGGGUUGGUCAAUCAGGCCAUGACUUGUUACCUGAACAGCCUUCUGCAGACACUUUUCAUGACUCCGGAGUUCCGAAAUGCACUAUACAAUUGGGAGUUUGAGUCGGAGUCAGAGGAGGACCCGGUGACCAGUAUCCCCUACCAGCUGCAGAGACUCUUUGUGCUCCUGCAGACCAGCAAGAAGCGUGCCAUCGAGACCACCGAUGUCACACGGAGCUUCGGCUGGGACAGCAGCGAGGCCUGGCAGCAGCAUGACGUGCAAGAGCUGUGCCGGGUCAUGUUCGAUGCCCUGGAGCAGAAGUGGAAGCAGACUGAGCAGGCGGAUCUGAUCAACCAGCUGUAUCAGGGCAAGCUCAAGGACUACGUGCGCUGUCUGGAGUGCGGCUACGAGAGCUGGAGGAUCGACACCUACCUGGACAUCCCUCUCGUCAUCCGGCCGUUUGGGUCCAGCCAGGCCUUUGGGAGUGUGGAGGAGGCUCUGCAGGCCUUCAUCCAGCCUGAGACCCUGGACGGACCCAACCAGUACUUCUGCGAGCGCUGCAAGAAGAAAUGCGAUGCCCGCAAGGGCCUCCGAUUUCUGCACUUUCCCUACCUGCUGACCCUGCAGCUGAAGCGCUUUGACUUCGACUACACCACUAUGCACCGCAUCAAGCUCAACGACCGCAUGACCUUCCCCGAGGAGCUCGACAUGAGCCCCUUCAUCGAUGUGGAGGAUGAGGUGAGCGACCAAAAACCCAGGAAGUCUCCUCAGACGGAGAGCUGCACCGACAGCGGGGCAGAGAACGAGGGCAGUUGCCACAGCGACCAGAUGAGUAACGACUUCUCCACGGACGACGGCGUGGACGAGGGCAUCUGCCUCGACAGCGCUGGCAGCACAGAGAGGGUACUGAAGCCAAAGAGCUCGCUGACCUUUGAGCUGUUCUCAGUCAUGGUGCACUCUGGGAGUGCGGCAGGGGGACACUAUUACGCCUGCAUCAAGUCCUUCAGUGACGGCCAGUGGUACAGCUUCAACGACCAGCACGUCAGCAAGAUCACACAGGAUGACAUCAGGAAGACAUAUGGAGGGUCCUCAGGGAGCAGAGGCUAUUAUUCCAGUGCCUUUGCCAGCUCUACAAAUGCAUACAUGCUCAUAUACAGGUUGAAAGAUCCCACAAGGAAUGCAAAGUACUUGGAGGCGGACGAAUUCCCAGAGCACAUAAAGCGUCUCGUCCAGAGAGAGAAGGAGUCCGAGGAGCAAGAGAAGAGGCAGAGGGAGAUCGAGCGCAACACGUGCAAGAUCAAGCUGUUCUGCAUGCAUCCGGUGAAGAACAUGAUGAUGAUGGAGAACAAGCUUGAAGUGCACAAAGACAAAACGCUCCGUGAAGCCACAGAAAUUGCGUACAAGCUCAUGGAUCUGGAGGGCGUGGUGACGCUGGACUGCUGCCGGCUGGUGAAGUACGACGAGUUCCACGAGUACCUGGAGCGCUCGUACGAGGGCGAGGAGGACAUGCCCAUGGGCCUGCUGCUCGGCGGGGUCAAGUCCUCCUACAUGUUCGACCUGCUGCUGGAGACGCGGCGGCCCGACCAGGUCUUUCAGCCCUACAAACCGGGAGAGGUCAUGGUGAAAGUCCAUGUUGUGGACUUGAAGAGCGAGACCAUCGCCCCUCCUGUGAGUGUCAGGGCUUACCUGAACCAGACGGUCACAGAGUUCAAGCAACUCAUUGCACAGGCCGCGGGGCUUUCUGCAGAAACCAUGCGUGUCGUCCUGGAGCGCUGCUAUAACGACCUUCGGCUCCUCUAUGUGCCCAACAAGACACUGAAAGCAGAAGGUUUCUUCAGGAGCAACAAGGUGUUUGUGGAAAGCUCUGAUUCUGCCGAUCACCAGGUCACUUUCACUGACUCCCUUUUGUGGAAACUGCUGGACCGCCACGGGAACACAAUCCGACUGUUUGUCUCCCUGCCUGAGCAGUCGCCAGGCUCCCUGGUCAAUAGAACUAGUUGCCCCAAGGCAGGCGCCCCCGGUGGCGGCGGCGGGGACUCUGAGGACUCUCUGGAGGGGGGAGCCAAGGGCAGCAGGAAGUCUGUGGAGGCCAUCCUGGAGGAGAGCACCGAGAAGCUCAAGAACCUGUCUCUGCAGCAGCAACAGCAGCAACAGCAGCAGCAGCAACAGCAGCAGGGUCUGCUCAGCAGUGCCAGCGGCAGUGGCAGCCAGAAGAGCUCUGACCACAGCGACUUCGAGCACAUCAGCUCCCUGACCCAGGAGCCGCAGUCGGCGUCCACCUCGCAGCCGGUCGCUGCUGCUGCUGCCACCGUAGCCGCUGCCGCUCCUGCCCAGGCUGCCCAGCAGCCCCUGCCACCGCAGCAGGAGAGCCGGACGCUCGCCGGGGGCAGCGGGAGCGGGAGCGUCGGCGGUCCCAGCGGUUCCGGUGCGGCCACCACCAGUGCCGCGUCUGCCGCCGCUGUCGCCUCCACCUCCGACCCGGAGGCCCAGUUCCCGCUGGAGGAGCGCUCGGACUCGGACAUGAACAACGACCGCAGCACGAGCUCGGUGGACAGCGACAUCCUGAGCUCGAGCCACAGCAGCGACACGCUGUGCAACGCCGACAGCAGCGGCCCGCUGCCGCUGGCCAACGGCCUGGACUCGCACAGCAUCACCAGCAGCCGGCGCUCCAAGGCCCACGAGGGCAAGAAGGAGACGUGGGACACGGCCGAGGAGGACUCGGGCACCGACAGCGAGUACGACGAGAACGGCAAGAGCAAGGGCGAGGCCCAGUACCUCUACUUCAGGGCAGAGCCCUACACGCAGGAGGAGGGCACGGGAGAAGGACAGAAAUGUCUACUGGUCCACGUGGACAAGAGAAUCACACUGUCGUCGUUCAAGCAUAACCUGGAGCCCUUCGUGGGCGUUAUGUCCACGCAGUUCAAAGUGUUCCGCGUCUACGCCAACAACCAGGAGUUCGAGAGCGUCCGGCUAAACGAGACGCUCUCCUCUUUCUCCGACGACAACAAGAUAACCAUUCGGCUGGGAAGGGCGCUGAAGAAAGGAGAGUACCGAGUGAAGGUUUAUCAGCUGCUCGUCAAUGAUCCCGAGCCCUGUAAGUUCCUGGUGGACACGGUGUUUGCCAAAGGGAUGACCGUGAGGCAGUCCAAAGAGGAGCUCCAGCCUCUGCUGAAGGACCAGUGCAAGCUGGACCUGAGCAUCGACAGAUUUCGCCUCAGGAAGAAGACCUGGAAAAACCCCGGGACGGUGUUUCUGGACUACCACGUCUACGAAGAAGACAUCAAUAUUUCCAGCAACUGGGAGGUUUUCCUGGAGGUUCUCGAUGAACCAGAGCGGAUGAAGUCCAUGUCCCAGCUGGCAGUGCUGACCCGCCGCUGGAGGCCGUCCCAGAUGAAGCUGGAGCCCUUCCAGGAGGUGGUGCUGGAGAGCAGCAGUGUGGAGGAACUCAAAGAGAAGCUCAGUGAACUGAGUGGUAUUUCCCUUGAAAACCUGGAGUUUGCCAAGGGUCGAGGGACAUUUCCUUGUGAUAUCUCGGUGUUGGAGAUUCAUCAGGACUUAGAUUGGAACCCCAAAGUGUCCACCCUCAACGUCUGGCCGCUGUACAUCUGUGAUGACGGAGCUGUGGUCUUCUACAGGGACAGCGCGGAGGAGCUGGUGGAGCUGUCGGAGGAGGAGCGCAGCGAUCUGAUGAAGAAGGAGAGCAGCCGGCUGCUGAAGACGGGCCACCGCGUCAGCUACUCGCCCCGCAAAGAGAAGGCCCUCAAGAUCUACCUGGACGGCGGGCCGGCCAAAGACUCCUCCGAGCAGAACUGAGGCCGCGGCGAAGCCCGCCCCUUCCUCCUCGAAGCGUUCUCUCUCUCUCUCUCUCUUGCUCUCUCUUUCUCUCUCUAUCUCUAUCUCUCCCUCUCUCUCUCUUUCUCUCUCUCUUUUUUUUAAAUAAAUAAAAGAAGAAAAAACUUU